AUGACUACUGCUAUUCUAGCAAGUGAUGAUUUUCAAACGAACACAGACGAUAAAAAUCUUGAAAUAUUUUGUCUUAUAUGGCUUGAUGAGAAUGUGAACGUUGAAGUUACUCCAGAUACAGAAAAAAAAUUACGUUCUAUUAUCAAUCAUUUGAGGAAAUUUCAAGAUGUAAAACAAUGUCAACAAUAUAUUGAACAAAGAUCAAAAAAUGAUCGAUUAAUACUUAUUAUUAGUGGUCAAUUAGGACGAGAAAUAGUACCAUCCAUUCACAGUCUUCGACAAGUUAUCUCAAUCUAUGUUUAUUGCAUGGAUAAAAAGAGUAAUGAACAAUGGCCUUGUAAAUUUCCAAAAGUGAAAAAUGUUGUCGUUGAACUUGAUGAACUUAUCUCUCAAAUUAGAGCGGAUCAUAAAAUUCAAAAAAAGGUAAAAGAACCAUUACCAAUCAAUUUUUUCACCAAGAAAAAUGUUGGUGAAGACAAAUCAAUAUCAAUAUUAAAUGGUGAAUUUAUUUUUCAUGAAGUUCUUAUCCAUUGUCUUUUACGACUAAAAUACACUGAAACAGAUAAAGCUGAACUUGUUAAACUUUGUAGAAUUGAAUAUGAAGGUAAUCAUAGUGAACUAAAUAAUCUUUAUGAAUUCGAGGAAAAAUAUUCAUCUAAUAAUGUGCUAUCCUGGUAUACAAGAGAAUCAUUCUUUUACAAAACUCUUAAUGCAGCAUUACGUACUCAAAAUAUUCAUAUGAUUUUUUUAUUUCGUAAGUUCAUAUCAGAUAUACAGCAUCAGUUACAGUAUGGCCAAGUCAAAAGUCCUUUACGGGUUUAUCGAAGUCAAAUGAUGUCAAACGAUGAAUUAGAUAUUCUGCAACGACACAUUGGACAAUUCAUUUCCAUACGUUCAUUUUUUUCCACCAGUACAGAUCGUAAAACAGCUCUCUUUUUCUUGGGUAAUACAAACUCACUGAUUAAUUUGGAAUUGAAGGGAGUAUUGUUCGAGAUCGAUGUCGAUCCUCAAAUGGUUACUAUAAAACCAUUUGCUGAUAUCAGUAAAGACAGUCAUUUUAUUAAUGAAUUAGAAGUACUUUUUAUGAUUGGUUCGAUUUUUCGUCUUCAAAGUAUUAAUUGUAGUGAUGAUCAUGUUUGGAUCAUUGAAAUGAGUUUGUGUAGUGAUGAUGAGAAUGAUUUAAAAGAAGUUCUUUUGCAUAUGAAACAACAAAUUGAAAAUGAAGAAACAGAUCUUCGAACACUAGCAAAAGUAUUGUGGAAAAUGGGAAGAUUCGAUUUAGCUGAAAAAUAUUCUAAACGUUUAUUAAAUGAACUUUCACCGAAUGACCCUUUAAUUUGGAACUUAUAUGAAGACCUUGGUGAACUUGCUUCACAUACACGUGACUAUGAUAUGAGCGUCCAAUGGAAACAGAAAGCACUUGAAUUCAAAAUUCAAAAUAAAUCAACUGGUGAGUUCAUUAAAAGAACUUCGAUCAUUUUUAAACGAGAGUUCCAUGCAAGAAUGAGCGAGUUUCUUGCGUAA